UCUUGGGUGCUUUCAUCAUAUAUUCGCCCUUCUUUGCAAAGCUAGGUCUAGAGUCUCGAUCAUGGAGCUCCACAACGACCCUCUUUCCAUUUACCUCAUCACCUUCUUUCUCUUUCUCUUAGUGUUGUUCAAACUAUUUCAGAAACAGGAUCCUAACACCAAAUUGCCCCCAGGACCAAGAACCCUACCUCUCAUUGGAAACAUACACCAACUCGUUGGAUCACUCACUCACCACCGCUUGAAAAUUUUAGCCGACAAGUAUGGUCCCUUAAUGCACCUAAAACUAGGAGAGGUAUCCAAUAUCAUAGUCACGUCACGAGAAAUGGCAGAAGAGAUAAUGAAAACACAAGAUCUCAACUUUUCUGAUAGGCCAAACCUUAUAUCAUCGAGAAUCGUGUCGUACGACGCCACCAGCAUUUCAUUCGCUCCGCACGGUGACUAUUGGAGGCUGCUUCGAAAACUAUGCACAGUGGAGCUCUUAACCACAAAACGCGUGCAAUCGUUUCGGUUCAUUAGAGAAGAAGAGGUUUCGGAGUUAAUCAAAAAAGUAUCUGCAAGCGAAGGGUGCGUUUUCAAUCUCUCUGAGCAUGUGUACCCCCUAAUUUAUGCGAUUGCGGCACGUGCGCUGUUUGGGAAGAAAAGCAGGUACCAAGAAGUGUUCAUAAAAACGAUUAAGAAACAACUGAGUCUGAUUGGAGGGUUCUCUGUGGCUGAUUUGUAUCCCUCCAUUGGAGUGCUUCAAGUGAGGGCGAAGAGGAAAGUUGAAGAGGUCCAUAGAGAGGUUGAUAAGGUUUUGCAAGACAUCAUCGACGAGCACAAGAAUAGGAAAAGCGAACAACGUGAAACGGUGGAAGAUCUUGUCGAUGUUCUUCUCAGGUUUCAAUCGGAAUAUCCUUUGACUGAGGACAACCUUAAAGCCGUCAUCCAGGACAUGUUUAUCGGUGGUGGUGAAACAGCAGCUUCUACUGUGGAAUGGACAAUGUCAGAAAUGAUAAAGAACCCUAAUGUGAUGGAAAAAGCACAAGCUGAGGUUAGAAAGGUGUUUGGUAGCAAAGGGUACGUGGAUGAGGCAGAAUUGCACCAAUUGGUAUACCUAAAGUCUGUCAUCAAAGAAACCAUGAGGUUACACCCACCAGUGCCAUUGUUAAUUCCUAGAAUCAAUAGAGAGAGGUGCCAAAUCAAUGGAUACGAGAUACCAGCUAAGACUAGAGUCAUUAUCAAUGCAUGGGCACUUGGAAGGAACCCUAAGUAUUGGGUUGAUGCUGAGAGUUUUCAACCUGAGAGGUUUCUUAACAGUUCCAUUGAUUUUAAGGGUACCAACUUUGAGUUUAUUCCGUUUGGUGCUGGUAGGAGGAUCUGCCCUGGCAUUACAUUUGCCACACCUAACUUUGAGUUGACACUUUCUCGAUUGCUUUACCAUUUUGAUUGGAAGCUUCCCAACAAUAUGAAGAUUGAAGAACUUGACAUGACUGAGUCAUAUGGGGCUACUGCAGUAAGAAAAAGUGACCUAUGCUUGAUUCCCAUUGUUUAUAGGCCUUAAAAUAUAUUGCAUUGCCGUAGUGAACAAUGUCCUAAACUAUUUAAGUUAUUAUAUGUAUGUUUAUUUUAUCUGAUUCUCGACUUGAGAUCCCUUCGACCUCGUUUCUUAGGAAUUCCUCUAUACCAAAAAAAAUAAAAUCUCCAAUGACUUUAUGCAGUUCAUUUUCAUAUGGAGUAAAUAUAUAAACUAUUUUCUUUGUUUGA